AUGGACGUGUUCAAGCUCGAUCAAUCGUUAGCGGCGGGGCUGGGCGGCGCACCGUCCGCCGACAAGCUAACGGCCGACGUGUCGUUUGGCGCCGGCACCACUGAAGAGUUUAACCUGAGCUUUUUUGAUGACACGACCACAGAUACGGCCGGCUCGGAGAGCCACGACCCUCCAGCCCAGGGAUUCGGUGACGAGCCCUGCACCACUGUGCCCAUGGACACGUCCACGCCCGCGGCCGCUUUCCGCGACGUCCGCGUCCAAUCUCCGUGCACCAGUUCCACGUACCGGCAGCCCACCGUGUACACUGGCCGCGUGGCCGCCUCUCAACCACCUCCCCCGCCGCCGACGGCUGCCAUCACCAACUCUACGCCAUCCUCAUCCACCACCGCACCAGAUCAACACUUUGCGGCAGCAGACUCAAACACUACACCGGCCAAAUCGUUCGUACCGUGUCGUGUGUGCGGCGACAAAGCGUCUGGGUACCAUUAUGGCGUUACGUCGUGUGAAGGAUGCAAGGGGUUCUUCAGACGGAGUAUACAAAAACAAAUCGAAUAUCGGUGUCUGAGGGACGGUAAAUGUUUGGUGAUCAGAUUAAACAGAAAUCGAUGUCAGUACUGCCGAUUCAAGAAAUGUCUGACGGUUGGCAUGUCCAGGGAUUCCGUUCGGUACGGAAGAGUGCCGAAGAGGUCUCGUGAACAACUCGAGUCGGAGUCGAAGACCGUGUCGGCCGCCGAUUCGAUGGCGGCGGCGGCCGUUCAGGUGACCACCACGACGGCGACCACGACGACAGUCUCUGCGAACGCGGCCGCAGCCGUAGCGGCCGCGGUGGCCAUAGGGAUCGGCGGCAGUGCACCGGUCACGGCUGACACUAUCAUGACCGGCACCGGACCGGCCGCAGUGAUCGAGACCAACGGUGGCAGCGUGUCCAUAUCGUACGACGUGAUCGCAGCCAUAUCGCAGGCGCACCUGACCAACUGCGACUACACGGACGAGCUGACCAGGACACUGCUCCGGAAACCCGUGGCAUCUCCUCCCGCCCAGGGAUGCUCCAGCCCAGAGGUGGCAUCGUCAACUGCGGACAGCGAGGAACAGCAAAAAAUAUGGCUGUGGCAACAAUUGGCCGUACACAUUACGCCCACCGUGCAGAGGGUAGUGGAGUUCGCAAAAAGAGUGCCGGGUUUCGUAGACCUCAGCCAAGACGAUCAGCUGAUUCUCAUUAAAGUGGGAUUUUUCGAACUAUGGCUGUGCUACGUGUCCAGGUUAGCCACUGACCUUUCGCUCACCUUCUACGACGGCACGUUCAUCACACGACAGCAACUGGAACUCAUUUACGACGUGGACUUCGCUACAGAUGUGUUCCAGUUGGUGACAUCUUUCAACGGUUUAUCGCUGACGGACACCGAAGUCGGUCUAUUCGCCGCCAUCGUGCUGCUGACGCCAGACAGGCCAGGCGUCUCUGAUGUAAAAACCGUACAGCAUAGUCAGGAUCGGAUCGUUGAAGCGUUCAAGCUACAACUAAGCAAAGGUCAUGGAGGAGAUAAGAAUUUGGCUCAAACGGUGUUGUCGAAACUGCCCGAACUACGAACCAUUGGUAUCCGACACGUUUCGUACCUCGAGUGGUUCAGGUUAAAUUGGCACAUGCUGAAGUUGCCGCCGUUAUUCGCUGAAAUAUUCGACAUACCCAAGUGCGAAGAGGACUUGCAUCAAGGCUGA